AUGGCAGCAGAGGCACCAUGCUACACAGUCGUAUUUGAAGAUACCACAGAGAGCCCAUCUACGCAGGAGCUUAGGGCAUCUCUCGAGAAAGGUACUGAUGAAGACAGACUGGACACGUUGCGCAGGAUCAUUGUGUCGACCAUUAAUGGGAACCCUCAGCCAACGCUCUUGAUGCCCAUCAUACAAUAUAUCAUGCCCUCCAAAAACAAGCAGCUCAAAAAGCUGCUUCACUUCUACUGGGAGGUAUGUCCCAAGUAUGACGAGAACGGGAAGCUUAAGCAGGAGAUGAUUCUAGUCGUCAAUGCCAUCCGAAACGACUUGCAACACCCCAACGAAUAUAUCCGUGGCGCUACCUUACGUUUCCUCCAAAAAAUAUCCAAAGAUGCUGAACUCCUCGAACCCCUGAUUCCCACCUGCCGCAGCUGUCUCGAGCAUCGUCAUUCCUACGUCCGCAAGAACGCCGUAUUCGCCGUGUACACCAUCUACCGCGAAUAUGAACACCUCAUCCCAGAUGCCCCCGAGCUCAUGCAGACUUUCAUUGCUGCAGAGUCAGACGCGACGUGCAAGCGUAACGCAUUUGUGUUCCUCGCGCAUUGCGCGAUGCCCAAAGCUGUGGAGUGGUUGAUUAGCGUGUAUGAUCAGCUGACGAGUCUAGAUGAGCUUUUACAAAUGAGCAUCAUAGAAGUCAUCAGGUUGGAUUGUAAGAACGACACGACGCAUCGACCCCGAUACAUCAGAUGCAUGUUUGAAUUGUUGAAUUCAUCGUCACAUGCAGUAAAGUAUGAAGCUGCUACGACGCUCACGACACUCACGCAGAACCCUGCUGCUGUGAAAGCGGCUGCCUCGUGCUUUGUUAAUCUGGUCGUUAAAGAAUCUGACAACAACGUUAAACUAAUCGUCCUGGAUCGCCUGGAUACCCUACGCUCCAAGCAUGGUCAUAUUCUGGAUGGACUGACGAUGGAUAUCUUGCAGGUCUUGUCGAGCGCCGAUAUGGAGGUCCGAAGGAAAGCCAUGAGCAUCGUUCUCAGCAUGACCUCGAAUCGAAACGUCGAGGAAGUUGUUCUCUUCCUCAAGAAGCAGCUGCAGCAGACACAGGAGCGCGAGUUCGAAAAAGCCCCGGAAUACAGGCAACUUCUAAUCCAAUCGAUCCAUGUGUUAGCAGUCAAGUUUUCUGAGGUAGCUGCAAGUGUUGUUCAUGCACUCAUGGAAUUCCUUGGGGACUCGAAUAACCCCUCUGCGCUGGACGUCGUGGCCUUCGUCCGUGAAGUAGUCGAGAAAUUCCCACACCUCCGGCAGUCUAUAUGCGACAAGCUUACUCAAACUUUGACAGAGAUCAAAUCCGGUAAAGCCUUCCGUGGCGUCCUCUGGAUUCUGGGCGAGUACGUCGAAGACCUGUCAGACAUUCAGGCCACAUUCCAGGACAUCCGCAAAGUGCUUGGCGAGAUCCCUAUUCUUGCAAGUGAGCAGCGCUUACUGGACGAGGUUGACGGAGAGGAGGACAAGAAGGAGGACAAGAAGGCCGAGGGAAGCGGGCGGCCAAAGGUACUUGCUGACGGGACAUAUGCGACGGAGACGGCGUACACCAGCACCAACUCAGCGAGGUUAGAAGCCGUCAAGGCUGCGUCCAAGCCUCCAUUGAGAGCCCUCAUACUGGGAGGCGACUUUUUUACGGGUUCGGUACUCGCCUCGGCGCUGACGAAGCUUGUGUUGCGGUUCGAUGACCUCACAAACGACCGGCCAAAGGCCAACGCUCUGCGUGCUGAGUCCAUGUUGAUCAUGACGUCUAUUAUCCGUGUUGGCCAGUCGAAGUUUGUCACAGUACCGAUCGAUGAGGAUUCCAACGAGCGCAUUCUUAAUUGCAUACAAACUUUAAGCGAGCUCCAGGAAAAGUCCGUCGUCCACGAUAUUUUCUUGAAGGACACGAAAGCUGCAUACUCCAAGAUGCUCGUCGCUCAGGAGAAAAAGGCAGCGGAGAAGAAAGAGGCGGAAAGCACGAAGGAGAAUGUUGUGCAAGUCGAUGACUUGCUUACUUUCAGGCAGUUUUCGAAAAAAUCAGCGGAUGAUCCCAUCGAUUACGUGGAGGACUUAGGCAAGGCCACAGGAGCUGCGGAAGUUCGGGAAGACUUCAUAUCCAACCUCAGUCGCAUAUCCCAGCUCACAGGUUUUUCGGACCCUAUAUAUGCGGAAGCAUACGUCAAGAUGCACGGAUUCGAUAUUAUGCUUGAUGUCCUUCUGGUCAACCAGACAUCUAAUACGCUGCAAAAUCUCUGUCUUGACUUCGCAACGCUUGGUGACCUCAAACUGGUCGAACGACCUGCUGUAUAUACCAUAGCACCUCACGGUUUCCAGAGUAUUAAGGCCACAAUCAAGGUUUCGUCAACAGAGACUGGCGUCAUAUUUGGCAGCAUCCUAUGGGAUGGCCCUGCCCUCGCUGAAUGCUGUGUUAUUUUGAACGACAUCCACAUCGAUAUUAUGGACUAUAUCAAGCCCGCGUACUGUAGCGAGACGCAGUUCCGAAGCAUGUGGACAGAGUUUGAGUGGGAGAACAGAGUCAAUGUGUCGACGAACAUGACUGACCCUCGUGACUACCUGAAGCACGUUAUGAAGUCUACGAACAUGUCUUGUCUGACGCCAGAAGGAGCCAUGUCGGGUGAUUGCGAUUUCCUAUCUGCCAACAUGUAUGCUCGAAGUUUGUUCGGCGAGGAUGCUUUAGCCAAUCUGAGCAUCGAGAAGACGGAAGCUGGGAUUGUAGGACACGUUCGUAUUCGGAGCAAAACGCAGGGCAUCGCUUUAUCGCUGGGCGACCGUAUUACGAUGUCUCAAAAGGAUAGCAAGUCAUCGAUAUACAGCGUGUAG